AGCUGACGUGAACAAGGAAGCUGCUCCCAGGUAAAUAAAAACCUGUUGCUCUUUUGUUUGGAACACGUUUGACUUGCAAAGCGCAAUGCAGGUAGCAGAGCUGUCCGAGAGCUGUUGAGUUCACAACACUGAUCUUCAGGAGUAGCAGCAUGCUGAAAAAACUCUUUAAAGCCCUGGCCCUUUUUACUGUCAUCAGUGUGGCAAGUUUUCUUCUUUUUCUAUGCUACAGCAAAAACAGGGCUUUUAAUAAUUUUACAAAGCCAGUUCGUACGGCAAAAGAAAACAGUACACUUUCCCGGCUGUCAGAUCUACAGACUGGAGCCCAGAAUGCCAGCAAAGGACAGCCACAGGUGGCACCCACCGAGAGCAUCAAGCCUUUGGGACCCUGUCCUGAUAACCCUCCAAAUCUCGUGGGUCCACUGCAUGUCGACUUUAAAACUGAGCGGAAUUUGGAUGAUGUGAGGAAGGAGAUUGGUGUUCCUCUUCAGGAAGGAGGACGGUACAAGCCACCAGACUGUAUCGCCAAACAGAAGGUGGCAGUCAUUAUUGCAUUCCGAAAUCGGCACGAACACCUCAAGCAUUGGCUGUAUUACCUCCAUCCUAUAUUGAUACGACAGCAGCUGGACUACACGGUGUAUGUCAUCAACCAGGAUGGAGAGGGAAUUUUCAACCGGGCGAAACUGAUGAAUGCCGGCUACAUGGAAGCACUGAAGGAAUAUGAUUAUGAUUGCUUCGUUUUCUCUGACGUUGAUCUGGUUCCAAUGGAUGACCGUAACCUCUAUCGAUGUUUUGACAAUCCCAGACACUUGGCUGUGGGUAUGGACAAAUUUAACUUCCACUUACCCUAUACCACCUUCUUUGGAGGGGUUUCUUCAUUGUCUAAGACCCAAUUCUCGAAGAUUAACGGCUUCCCGAACACUUACUGGGGCUGGGGUGGUGAGGACGAUGAUAUCUAUAAGCGAGUUAUCUUCCAUGGGAUGUCCAUUUCUCGCCCCAACUUGGUAAUAGGAAAGUACAGGAUGGUCAAACAUAACAGAGACUUGCACAAUGAGCCAAAUCCAGUCAACCCUGGCAAACUCAGCAAAACUGGGCAAACUAUGGGUACAGAUGGGAUUAAUAGCCUCAAAUACACAGUCAAGACUAUUGUGAAGGAUAAAUUGUAUACCUUUAUCACUGUGGAUAUUGAUGCUCCACCACCACACUGAAUGGGGACAGAACCUGCUGAUAUUGGACAGCUAUUGACUAUUGUUUAAUUGGUGUUUCAGUCUCAAGUCUGUUUAUUUAACGGAGGGCAGGUGUGUCUCUGGUAUUGAAUUAAAUGU